GAUGACCGUGUGGGCGAAGUGAAGAAGAUAUAUUUUUCGCAUCAAAAUUUUUUGUAAAAAUAUUUAAAAUAUUGCGCGUGUGAUGAAAAGAUUUUAAUAAAUAUUUAUGUUAAAAUACAAAUUAACCAAUCAAAUUGAUUGAUUCUUCAGAAAUCGUGACGCAUUGUGGAAGAAACGAAAAAGAAAAAAAAAAUCCAUACCAUCCUGAAAAAUACAAAAAAAAAAAAAAAUUCCCAUGCAAAAAAAAAUGAGAAAUGAAUUAAUCAUUCACAAUGGAGUAAUUACUUUCCAGUGAAAAAGAAAAUCAUUUAUAUUUUUUCUCUCUCUCGAAACUCUACUCCAAUCUCAUAGGAAUAACCUCAAGAAAAUUUAUAAUUUUUAUUUUCCCAUUUUCCACGACGAAUGAAAGUUUUUAUAUAUUUUCUUAAAUUUUUUUGCAUCUCCUCUGUUGACACAUAAAACAAAAAAAAAUCUAGCUCGUUACUGUGUGAGGUGACCCUCUUUUUGUAAUACAUAACGGCAAAAUUCGAGUGUGUGUGAAUAAAUAAAACAAGGAAAAACUCUUCUCCCCAACAACAAAUUCGCCGCAUCUCCCACAGAAGAAUCACAAUAAUCACACUAUUCUUUUCUCAACUUGGUGGUCCUCUGAGAAAAACUGUUAUUAGAAAGGAAGUAACAUGGCUGAAUUGAUGAAUAUUGAUAGUAUAAUAUCCCGGCUUUUAGAAGUUCGUGGUGCCAGACCCGGAAAAAAUGUCCAACUCUCAGAAACUGAAAUCCGUGGAUUGUGUCUUAAGUCGCGAGAAAUAUUUCUAUCACAGCCAAUUCUUUUAGAAUUGGAAGCUCCACUUAAAAUCUGUGGUGACAUUCAUGGACAGUAUUAUGACUUGUUGCGUCUCUUUGAAUACGGUGGCUUUCCACCAGAAUCAAAUUAUUUGUUCUUGGGAGAUUAUGUUGAUCGUGGCAAGCAAUCAUUGGAAACGAUAUGUCUGUUGCUUGCAUACAAAAUCAAAUAUUCAGAAAAUUUCUUCUUGCUUAGAGGAAAUCAUGAGUGUGCCAGCAUAAACAGAAUUUAUGGUUUCUAUGAUGAAUGCAAAAGACGCUACACUAUUAAGUUAUGGAAGACAUUUACAGACUGCUUCAAUUGCUUGCCAGUUGCAGCUAUUGUUGAUGAGAAAAUUUUCUGCUGCCAUGGUGGCUUGAGUCCUGAUUUGUCAUCAAUGGAACAAAUUAGACGUAUUAUGAGACCGACAGAUGUACCGGAUCAAGGACUGUUAUGUGAUCUAUUAUGGUCUGAUCCUGAUAAGGACACAAUGGGUUGGGGUGAAAAUGAUCGUGGUGUCAGUUUCACUUUUGGAGCCGAGGUGGUAAAUAAAUUCUUGCAAAAGCAUGACUUUGAUCUGAUAUGCCGAGCUCAUCAAGUCGUUGAAGACGGCUAUGAAUUCUUUGCCAAACGACAAUUGGUCACUCUAUUUUCGGCUCCCAAUUACUGCGGUGAAUUUGAUAAUGCGGGUGCAAUGAUGUCCGUGGAUGAUACGCUGAUGUGCUCUUUCCAGAUAUUGAAACCUGCAGAUAAACAAAUCAGAAGAAACUGAAAUUCGAUAGACGAUACGAAAGAAAAUGAUCGUGUCAAACAACUGAACAAAGAAGAAAUUAGACAAAAUAAAAACGAAAAGAAAAAUAUGAAGAAAAAUAAAAAUAAUAAUUCAAAUAACAGCGGAAGUGGUGGUGGCAAUAAUAAUAGCAACAGUAAUGGCAGCAGUAAUGGAAGCAGUAAUAACAGCAACAACAAAAGUAACAACAAAAACAACACCAACAACAAAUCUACAAAGAGCAAAAAUAAAUGUGCAUUUCUACAUUAUUUCCUUCCAACAUGCAAAAAUUAACAAAAAUUA